GCUGGCCGCGAACUUUGAAAAAAUCAGUUUCAUUUAGCAACGACCGAAUCUAACUAAAUCAUCAUGACUGGACGUGGUAAAGGAGGAAAGGCAAAGAGCAAGGCCAAGAGCCGCUCAUCCCGUGCAGGGCUUCAGUUCCCCGUUGGCCGUGUGCACCGUUUCUUGAAGAAGGGCAACUACGCUGGCCGCGUCGGAGCUGGUGCCCCCGUGUACCUCUCUGCUGUGCUUGAGUACCUGACCGCUGAGAUCCUCGAGCUCGCUGGCAACGCCGCCCGCGACAACAAGAAGGCCAGGAUCAUCCCCCGUCACCUUCAGCUCGCCGUCCGCAACGACGAGGAGCUCAACAAGCUUCUUGGAGGAGUUACCAUCGCCCAAGGUGGUGUCCUCCCCAACAUCCAGGCUGUCCUUCUCCCCAAGAAGACCGGCAAGUCUUCCGCUUAAGAAGGGAAUUCUGACAUCAAACAAACGGCUCUUUUUAGAGCCACCAAUAAUCCAAGAAAGAAUCAAUAGCCUCUAGAUAUCUGUCGUACUCGUACUCGUAUUUCGUGCAAUAUUUCGUUUGUUAUCGUGUAUUUAUUUAGUGGUAGAUGGAACUAUUUCAUACAUCUUGUAACAGAUCAG